AUGCUACGCCAUGUGUUCCUCAUAUUGGCAUGCGUAGCGUGGAUUGAGUUCGCGAUUCAUUUUUCACCCUAUUUCGAAGAAAUCAGUCACAGAUUUUCCGUCACCAAGUUUUCUAUGGCUCAUGACACAGUGCCAGUCCCACCCCAGAAUGAAGAAGAGCAUUCUCGUCUCCUUCGCAGUCUUCAGCGAUCCAGUGGAAAGUGGGAUUCUUCCCACCCUCGAUAUCGACUACUGACGGCACUGCACGGAUUUACUCAACAUGAAAAUAGCACCCAAUCCGAGUUGAAUAGAUGGAGGUAUCUUUACAAGAAGGCUCCAAAACAUCAGAGACGACUGCUUGACUCAGCCAUCAACUACACCGAUAAAUUGAAGAGAACGGAGAGUCUGCUCAAGAUCAACGCCCGAAUUGCUCGGUCAAUUGCGCAUACGGGGUUGCAGUUUUACAAUAUCACAUCGACAGAGCUAGAUGAAUUCAUCCGCGAAACUGAGGCUCAGGGCCGGCGGGCUGAUCGUACUAGCGUCUCGCAAAGUAUGAAGCAUUUCGUGCGUGACUGGGCAGAUGAGGGCUAUGCCGAACGUCAGGCGUCUUUUCAGUGUAUCUUGAGAUCACUUUCCAUAGUACCUCGAAAGGACGAUAGGACCCUGCGAGUACUGUUGCCUGGGGCAGGACUUGGUAGAUUAGCCCACGAAAUUCAGAAACUUGGGGGGUUCGAGGUCGUGAUGAAUGAGUGGUCCGCAUACAUGAAUUUGGCCUACAGGUAUCUUUCUAGUCGUUCCAAACUGGACAGUGUCUCGUUCUACCCUUUUGCCGACUGGUGGUCUCACCACGCAACAACCGCAGAUCUCGAGCGCCCUGUCACAUUUCCCAAUCAACUAAGUGACCCGUCUGUCGUGUUAAUCGAAGGGGAUUUCACGACGACGUUUGCUGAGCACACUGGUCAAUAUGAUAUCAUAGUGACCUUAUUCUUCAUCGAUACGGCCCGUAACCUGAUCUCAUAUAUUGAAAAUAUCCAUCGCUUACUCCGUCCCGGUGGUCGAUGGAUCAACCUGGGUCCUUUGAUGUAUGGAACGGCACCGUUUGUACAGUUAUCUUUGAACGAGAUUGUGACAUUGUGUACGCGGAUUGGGUUUGACUUCCAGGAGACAAAUGAUAGAGUCGGUAAUAUUACCAUACCUGACUUGCCGGUCCGUGGGUUUGAAGUGGCCUACGGCCAAAAUCCUCGCGGGUUGAACAAGAAUGCAUUUCAGGCGCAGUAUUGGGAAGCAGUGAAGCGUUAG